UAUACCCUCGAGCGAGCAUGAGGGCACACACAAACAGCGUCUCUCGCCUCGGCUACUCACUUUUGUCUCAUCAGCCUCCGCUCCAUCCGGCAGGGCAAGGCAACAUGGGGGAACAACUGCCUAGGCGUGUUGUUUUCAAAGGAGACAAUGGCAACUACAUGGCCGCCGUCACCCCUCCUGGCGAAGAUUAUGUUUUCUUGCAGUUUUAUGCAGACAAGACUAAUCCGAGAUGCAUCCACACCAUCUACCCCCACAUUUGUGGCACCGUCCGCAUAAAGUCUGACUACUAUGGCAAGUUCUGGAGGCGUAGUCCCAACUGGAUCUGGGUGGACUGCAAUGACCAAAGCAGCGACCACCCCGACACAGUUUUCCGUCCAGUCAAGCUUGAUGGAGAAGGCAUGUAUGCACUCCAGAACCUCGGCAACAGCUACUACUGCAAAAGGUUGACUUGCGACUACAAGCAAAGCUGCCUCAACGCCGAUUCUCCAUACAUCGUAAACGAGGCACGCCUCAAGAUGGAGGAAGCUGUUCUUUCUCGGAGGAUCUACGACGUCUGUUACCGCACCGAGGAUGCUAAAAUUCAAGGCAAGAAGCUCAACACUUUGAUUACUCAAGACGCAGUUAACCGUGGCAGCAGGGACGACAAGGAAAUCAUGUCCCUCAACUGCAAUGUCAGCCGGCAAACCAAAUGGGACUCAAGUGCCUCCAUCAAGUUAGGUGUCAGCACCAAAAUUGAAGCUGGAAUCCCAGGAGUUGCGAGUGAAUCAAUUGAGGUUAGCGGUGAGGUUUCUUACUCACAGAAUUGGGGCCAGACCGUCAUUCGUACAGAGGGGUACUCGACAACCUAUGAAGUAACUGUUCCUCCAAACACCAUGGUAACAGUACGCAUGGUGGCCACAGAGGCCACCUGCGAGGUUCCCUUCUCUUACAUCCAAGAGGAUGUUUUAUACAAUGGAGAGAAAGUUGUUUACAAGUUUGAUGAUGGUAUCUACCGUGGUGUCAACAGCUAUGGCUUCAAAGUCGAUCACACGGAGCAGAAACUCUGAAAUCGACGUACUACUAUUGGGUGCAUCAGACGUUUGACGUCGUACCUACCUCUCAACAAGAUGCAUGGAUGGAAUGCCCUAGCCAAUAAUGGUUCUUCCUACCUUUAUCAUUAUUAUUAUUAGGGUGGAUGUGAUCGUGUCUAUCUGGCACACUACUAUUGUCUAAGUGAAAAUAAGCCAAGCCACUAUGGCCUGUUGGACGUGGAACAUUAUGUGUUCUCAUGGUCGGUGUGUGUGUGUGUGUUUCAGGUCGUAUCUGUCACAUGCAUGUACUUUGAUUUGGUGUGUUUAAAGUCAUAUAUGAGCUACUACUCUUACUAUGUUAA